UAGGAAAGCAUGCGGUGCAUCUGCGUGCUGUGAUUUUCGUGUCGCUAAACGCACGAAUCUUGGACCUUUUUGUAAUGUUGCAGAAUUUGGUUCUUCCAAACGCGCCAUUUAUUUGACUCGUUAAAGGUCUUUCAGAAGUAUUGAAGCUUUACAGACUUGCGUGCGUUUGUUACUUUAAGGCGUGUGUUCGACUUCAAGGCACGCGGCGUUGCGCAGACCGAUCGGCCUAUUACAUCAGAGUAUCGCGAGAGCGUGUGGAAUGCACGGAUCUCGCGGUACUUCGAUGUCAUGCACCGAUCGAUCUGCGCAGCGCCGCCUGAAAGUAAAAUGACGUUAUGCACGUUCGGUGGCUUGUUUGUUUGGCGUUUUCGCGCGUCUGCGGGCCUCGUGUUUUUGUGUACGAGGGCAGAUUGUAGUUGUAUAGUUGUUGUAUUUUAUAUGGGAAAGAUGGGAAUGGAAGCACGACAUCGCAGAUGUUUACCGAAUCGUUUGUGUGUCGUUUGGUCUGAAACAGACUUCACAUUAUGAAAACGCGUAACGUUAGACGUCUGGAAUCCAAUACGUCAAACAUGUGUUUGUUUGAGCUUGACUAUCUGUUAAAUAACAUUUAGGGGUAAUGGGUUUAUUAAAAGCGAAGUUAUACACAAACCUAGAGGCUUGGAUAGACAUUGCACAUUUAGUUCUGAAGGACGGGGUUUUCCCACAUAUUUAACAUGAGCUCAGCGUCUGUCAACUGUUUGGUUUAUGUAAUAAAUUCUCUAAUGCAUGGUUGUACUAUGUUUUUUUUUUCUUCUGCGGAUAAAACCCAAAGCCUAUAAAAACUAUAGGUACGCCAUUGUUAAUUUUGCGUAGGGGUUUGUGGGUUUUAAUGAAUUUUCACUAAACUUAAUGUGCGUAAGAAUGUCUGAGAAUACACGUCUGCGCAUUGGCUUUUCUGACAACAUACAAUUGCUAAAGAUGAUACAGCAACGCGGAUACAGUUCCAAACACACACACACACACACACACACACACACAAUCUGCUUUGUUAAAGUGGGACGCAGGAACUUCCACAUUCUGCUCUCAGGCUUCAGGUUACAGCAGGAGAAACAGACGCUCUGAAAUGAAUUUGUGUGAUCUAACAUCACCGUGUCAAAAUGUUCUUUCCUUUAUCGCACGAAAUGACAACCACAAGUUUGUCAAGAUCUUAUGUUUACGUCAGUGCUGCAUUAAAAUGCACUCGACCUAAACAGCAUCAUUUUCUCUCCCUCUGAACGACAUUAUUCAUCGUAUUUACAGCAGCUGUUAUGAAACGAAGUGACGUUUAAAUCGUUUCAUAACAUUCCUGAAAAUGGCAGCUAAAAUGUUGCUAUUUAGGUCGAGAGCUUUAUCUCAGCACAACAAUUGUUUAUUCAUGACUGCUAACUGGCCAUUUACUAACUCCAUUGUAAAUUCUGGAUUCUUAUACCGGACCACCUGUAAAGAGAAAGAUUCUUCUUUGUUUAUCCUCGGUUUCUCAGUUGUGGGAGGCUGUGAGGUUUUGUCGUUUUGAAGGUGCGAAUGGAAAAGCUAUUAGGAGUCUGUUGUCUUUUGAUGUGUAAAAUCACAGGGAAGUCAACGGCUCUACGGUAAUCUGGUUAACUGGGAGUAACCGUCUGUGUUUACACACUAGCAGUGUACACGGCCUGUUUAAAAUAGCAUUUAGGUAUUCUGUGAAUGGUUCAUUCAUUACAUUGCGACUGCAUGGUGGGAUACAGUAGUCUGCACGGAUAUACUUCAGAAAUGAGCAUGGAGGGAGGUACUGGUACAGUACGUGAUGUCGAUCUUUUGAAGACGACCACAAUGGAGACACCGAGUUUUCAGCCAUGUCCGACAGCGACCCCUGCGAAGACGACGGUUUCCCUCUCAACCUCUCCAUGAGUCACAGAAGAACCGAGGCUGCGGCCAAACGGCGUCGCCGUGGAAACCUCCCCAAAGAGUCUGUUCAGGUUCUGAGGGACUGGCUUUAUGAGCAUCGCUUCAACGCAUAUCCCUCAGAAGUGGAGAAGCUGAGCCUGUCGAGGCAAACCCACCUGUCUGUGUCACAGAUCUGUAACUGGUUUAUAAACGCUCGACGGAGACUCCUGCCAGACCUCCUCAGGAAAGAUGGCAAAGAUCCCACCAAGUUUACCAUGUCACGGCGUGCCAGCAAACCCGAAAGAUCUGCAUCCCCAGAAAGCCCAGCUUCUUCGCCUGGUCCCUCACCCGUAUGCUCUGCCCCAAUAUUGGACUUGCGGCUGUUGGGUAACACAGCGACGGCCAUUUUGGCUCGAGCGGGUUGUUUGCCAUCAUCAGGGGCCUUCAGUCAGGAUGGUGGUGUUCAGGCUCUGAUGCAACUGGACACAAGCGGCCUUCUGAGACGUGAAGGGUUUCAGAGUGAAGAGCAAUCUUCAAACCCUCAUCUGACCACCCUGCCUGCUUCUACCUCUGUCCUGAUCCAGGGAGGAGUGAGCCCAACUGGGGUCUUGUUCAACACGCCUCCCCCCACCCCUCCAGAUCUGUGCCCUCAAGAUUUCAGCGAUCUCAAACUUUUAGUGGAUGCGGCGUUGCAGCGGGCGGCGGAGCAGGAAAACUGCAGACAAAAAGAGAAAACAACACAAGAACCAGAUGAUCUUUCAAGUGCUCUUGGCAAGAAUGGAGAUUCAGAGGCAGUAACGUAUUCUAGGGAAGAGAUGCCUUCUAGUCAUGCUACAUCAGCAUUGAUGGAGAAUCCAGUAUUACCGGUGUCAGUUCCUGUCAUAACCCACUCAUUUCCAAGCUUUCCUGUCGUGCAGACCGCUUUGACCAACGGUGGAGUCACCAGUGUGGUUGUAGGAGGCAAGAACAUUUUGGAAUCGGGUAACUACACGUCAUCUGGAGUGUGGAACAUCCGACAAACCAGUCCACGUCCGAAUGCUGUGGCUCACACGUGGAGUCCAAAGUACACUAAUAAUACAGUCACGGAAAGUGUCAAGUGAAUGUGAAAGCAGUGAAAGAUACUUAAAUGUUUGCACCUAAAGUGGAAGAACUCAAGCGAGCCGAUCCACUUAACACUCUUAUAUUUGUCCGAAGUCUCUAAAGCAGAUGGAAAACUGGGUAACACUAAAAUGCAUGCGUCUCCAAAUCAUAUAUCCCUGUUGUCAUGGAAACAGUCGGAAUGUUGCUAAGAUCCCAGAGAGCCCCAACAUGGAUUAUUCAGUCGGUAAACAAAGGGACACAAUUUUCCUCUUGAAUGGUCAACAUCAGUAUGUAUUUUAAAAACUUCUUUUCUUUCAUCAAAAACUUUUAUCUUUUUCGAUUACAUGAAUUUUAUGAGUCCUUUAAACGCUCUUCAAAAAGAAUCCAAAGUUCCAAAAUGUUCAGUUUUGGAAUCUCUCAAAUGUCUCACUUGCAGCAAGUGGCCACCGCACACAGACACCAGCAGAUCUAAACCUCAAAUAUUACAAAUGCUCAAAGGUCCUGAGGAAACUGAGCAAAUCAGGUUCACCGCUGAAAAAAAGAAAAACUUCAGAAAAACUAAAAGUGGCCUUGCUUUAGGUUCUGUGACUUUUUAGAUGAAUGGAGACUGUAGAAGCUCCACAUCAAACAGUGUUUGCCUGUCUGCAUCCAUGUAUACUCAUAGGGUUACCUGUCUAGUAGUCAUGUAGCAUGGUUUACUGAUAUCUGUGAAUGUUUCUGGAAGACCAGCAUGCAGUAUCUGAAUAUGAGAAUCUGUUAAGGUGCUAAAUGUUGUCUGUUAGAUUUAUUACUUUAUUCCAGUUUUGCCUGAUAAAGCCUUUAAAUUCCAAAAUCUCAGAUGUGUACGUUUCAGCCGUGCGUCUGUUUUCCCUCAUAUAUCCUGCACUUUAUAUCUCACCUGGUCUUCGCGUCAAAACUGCCACACAAUCUGUCAACCUCAAAAAAAAAGAUCUCGGAGCUUCACGUGUGCUGUAUGUGUGUGUGGAACGACGAGCAGUGGAAUGUCAGGAAAUCGAUUUGUACUGCAGAGGUCUUUACUCACGUCUCGUUUCUGUCUGGGAUGCGAGAUGGAGGUCGUCUCAAAGACGAGACCAACAUUGAUUUCUUUAAGGUCUCAUGUAACGCUGGAACUCUACCUCCAUUACACGGAGUGUGUUGAUGGUGAUAAGUAAAGUAGAAAAUCAGUGUUAAUAAGCGUGUUGAGUUCUCUUUCACACACGUUGUGUAUAGGCGUUGAAUUUUAUCGGGAAGGACUGGAGUGUAUUUUGACUGGAGGAGUUUGUGUCUUAAACCAAAUUAGUGUAAAAGCCUGUUACACACAGUUCAUGUAUCUGGACUGAAUUGUUCAAGCCUCGUGGAAUACUCGUGAACGUAUCUUCAGAACUCUUAUUCUCUACUUAUAGUUUCCAUGAAACUGUGAGAACAUUUCAAAAUGUUACAGUCGUCUUUCUUUUUGUUAUAGGCUUUAAUGGCUGUCGAAACAUCAGGUCACUUUACAUUAUUUCCGUUUACUCACAAAGAUGGUGUAACCCACAUUUCCUUUUUGUUUUUAUUGUGCAAAGGUGUAAACAUUUCAGUCAAUCCAAAGGUCAGAGGUCACAUUUCUGUAGUACUGUACAUGAUGCUUAUGUGUUGUCUCAGGUUGCUUUAUAGUUUUUAGAUUAUUCUGAUGUGCGUUUCAGAGUUUUUAAUACUUGUUGAAAUUCAUCGGUUUUAGCAUCUUUAAGACAUUUUUGUAGCGACAUCAAAGUUUUACAGAUUCAAUUCACUAACAUAUUAAACCACUGUGAGAUUGUUAAUUCCUGUGAUGGUACUGGAAGCAAAUGUAUAUAUUUUUAAAAAUGCUCUAUUUUUUCACCUCGUCAGAAUGACCAACAUUAAUAUUUCUGAACAUUUUAUUAUUUGCGGUCUUACGUAUGACAAUGUGAAACAUGUAAAUAACGUUCAGGCAAUAUUGUUUUGACUUCGGCACACAGCUGCUUAUCACCGAUGUACGUCAAAUAUAUGUAGCCCUCUACUAUACGACCAAAUACAUGAAGUUGGAUGUGAAAUUGGUUUUAGCUUGUAUAUGUGUAUCUAUAGCAGAGUUCAAUGAGUGGCAUUUGUGCCUUAUCUGCUUGUGUAGGAAACCCUUCUGUAGUCUGUGCAAUAUCUGCCUUAAACAUUUCAUAUUUUGUAUCAGCAUACAGAGAAAUAAAAGCUUCUUUUUCUUAA